AUGUUCGAGGCAGUGUUACUGUACGGCGUCUGUGAACCCUGGCGGGAUGUCGGUCACCUGGCAACCCUGGCGAGUGCGAGGCGCCCCGCUGUCAUCGGGGCAUUGACGCGGGGCGGGGCGCUUACCGAGCGCACGGGAUACAUCGCCCGCCGCUCCAAACCGCGCCGCCGUCGGUACAGUCGCGAUGAAUCACCGCCCACGGCGACAUUGGGGCCCGGUUUAUUUGGGACGAGUCGAGAACUCGGCGUGGCCGGCGCACCGACUACCCGCCCCGGCCUUGCUUCUCUCCGCGUGUGUACACACGAACAGCUGUUUACCAACACGCCGCCGCCCGCGCCGAUGUGGGUCGCGGCUGCACCGCGCGAUUUGCGCGCGACUGUACCAGGCGUUUCGAUUACGCGGCUUGGG